AUGUCGCAGGCAUCGCACAAACUCGUUCGCCCCGUCACCAUGCUCGUGCUGCUUCUCGGAGCGUCACUCGCCGUCGCCCGGCCCGCUCGUGCGACGUCGCCCGGGUCGCCAGGUCCUAUCGAUGCGAUUUUCGUGUUCGGCGACUCGCUCCUGGACGUGGGGAACAACAACUACGGCCCGGCCGACUGGCCCAAGAAUAACUUCGCUCCGUACGGCAUUAACUACAUCCCCGCGUCGGGCCGCGUGUGCGACGGCAAGCUGACCGUCGAUUACCUCGCGGAGUGGCUGGGCUUCCCCGGGUCGCCUCCGCCGUACCUGCAGCCGGGCCGCAAUGCGACGCUCGGAGCACUCCCCGCCUUCCAGGCAUCGCAGCAGCUGCAGUGGUAUGCCAAACUGCAGUCCCACACCCUCCCGGCCUUCCAGGCAUCGCAGCAGCUGCAGUGGUACGCCAAGUUCCAGGCCGACGUGAACGCAGCAGCCAGCGCCGACCCGCUCCUCCCAAAGUCGCCAGCCGUCUUCUCCUCUGCACUCCACAUCGUCGGGCUGGGAGCCAAUGACUACCAGAUCCUCUUCUUUGGAGAGCGCGUCAACGAGAGCACCAUCCCAAGGCUCGCUGCUGGAGGCUCCCAACAGGCGCGGGAUUUUGCGUCCGCGGUGGUGGGCGCAAUCGAGGCGUACGUGAGGGGGCUGUAUGGGCUGGGAGCAAGGCGGUUUCUGCUGUCGGAGCUGCCGCCGUUUGGGUGCGCGCCGCUGUGGCGGCAGGCGCUGCAGCAGGCGCAGUGUGUGGCGGUGCUGAAUGGGUACGCGCAGGCGCACAACCGCCUGCUGGCUGCUGCUGCGGGGAGGCUGAGGGAGGAGCUGCAGGGAUCGCAGAUCCUGCUGGCCAAGGUGUAUGGGAUUGUGGAGACCGCUGUUGCUGAUCCCGCCACUGUUGGCCUCCUGGAGGGCAGCAACGCCUGCUGCGGUGGCCCGCCUCCCCUCAACGGGCUCGUGCAGUGCGGCACCACGGCCAACCUGGGCGGUAACAUGGUAACCGCAUCGCAGUGCAGCCGCCCGCAGGACGCGGUGUUCUGGGACCAGUUCCACCCCACCGAGUCCCUCAACCGCAUUCUCGCCCGCAACUUGUUUGUGGGCCGCCAGGACUCCAUCUCUCCCAUGAGCGUGCGUGACCUGGCUCAGCUGGCCCGUGGGCAGAAGUAA